AUAUGAAUCACAUUAAAGCUUUUGCUUUGGCAAAAUGGGCUACCGCUGAGAAAUUAGAGCUUCUAGAAAUGGACGGAGAAGUUGGCAUUGUCCAAGAUUUAUCAGAUACCCUCAUGAUACUCAAGACCAAAACCAUUAGUUAAUUUCAGAAGAUGUACAUUCAUUUUUAUUAUCAAAAGAGACUCAUUGCCUUCCAAAAAAGGUAGAUGGUAUUAUUUGCCCUUUAACAAAGAAAUCAUCCAAUUGGUUUUAGCAACAAGUGAUUGCAAUCAAUACAAUAUUGAAAUGCUUAUCAGUGCCAUUUAAUCAAAAAUUGUAUCGAUAUCAAUAUCAUCUAAUUAGUUGAAUGGAAAUAUUAUUCUUAAUGAUAAUCAGAAAGAUAACAUACUACAGCUGCUGAAUUAUUUUGAAAAACAAUACAAUAAAGAUCCAAAACAAAUCAAAUAAAUCAUGUAGGUCUUAGACAAUACUAAAUUAUCAGUCCAACAAAAUAUAGAAAAACUAAUCAACAAUAAUUAGCAAUUAAGUUAAAUUGAAAGUAUACAUUAUCUAUCUCAUUUGAGUUAAAUCCUUGGAAUUGGAGGAUACUUCAAAAGUCUUUUACGAUACAGCCGCUGCUGUUCAUAGAAAGAAUCGAUUAAAUAGAUUAAAGAGAAGACUAAUUAUAGGUGGCAUAGCAUUUAUAAGUCUAAGUUUUAUUUGUUAUUGGAUUUUUUAUUGA